GCGAUUCGAUUUCCGUUUUAAACACAAGUGUUUGACUUGUUUUGUGUGUUGCAUCAAAUUGUAAAUGAAGCAACGAACGAAAGACCAGACAUACUUGGCCUGGAGUCGAGUCACGAAGCCGGUUUUUAUCGGUCGACUUCCCUUCAAUUCAGCCAGUCACGAAUAAUCCACAGCUCCGAUCGGAGCACACAUCUUGCUCGUUUUUAAGACGUAAAAAUAACACGUGAACGUCUCGAAAAUGUGUUUGAUAAGAAAAUACAGUGUUUUCAAGUGAUCAAGUACAAUAGUGUAUCGUGAUAUCUUGUAAAUCUUUCAUUAAGCGAAAAAUAGCGUGAAAUAUGAUUAAAAAAUAUGACUUGAAGCGAUGAAACAUUUGUUCGAAGAAAAAUGCAUUGCGUUCGAUUUCUCUCGGUGAGCUACCAUACCGUCAACAAUUCAUUGCAGAUGUCUUCGUGGGCGUACGUGUCUAACACUAAUAUAUCCACGCUGCCUGGUAUCUUAUCAUUUGCCCAAUCCCGGCUUCUAUUUAGUCGGCACGUUAAGUUUGCAGUCUGCCAUCGGCUCCAAGACGAAACGAAGGAUAAAAAGAAGCAGCACGGUGUCAUUGUUCACGAACAGGCUCCGAUAAAAUGUCGUCCAGUGAAACAGAUAGAGGUUGGGCAUGGAUGAUCGUCGUCGCUGUAACAAUCAUUAACGUGGCGAUACUUCCAAUUCAGCAAUGCUUCGGCCUAAUCUUCAGUGAACGUUUCUAUUCUCUCGGUAUUACUGCCACACAAACAUCUCUAAUUCUUCAUCUGAAUGGAACGAUAACAUGCAGUUUGGGUCUGAUAAGCGGCCCCAUGAUGAAGAGAUUCACAUUUCGAGAAGUAGCUUUCUUCGGUGGUUUGACUGUCGCCGUUGGUAUCUGUAUAACGGCGUUUGCUGUAUCUGUUCCUGCCAUUAUCGUAUCUUAUUGUGUUAUCGUCGGUGUGGGUCACGGAAUCAUGUUCCCAGCUACUAGUUUAGCCAUGAACACGUACUUUCGAAAGAAACGUAACCUGGCUAUGGGAUUUUCCGUAACAUUAACUGGCUUAGGACCUAUUUUAAUGCCCCUUUUAAUAGCCAAGCUAUUGGAAUAUUAUGCUACUACUGGAACUCUACUGAUACUUGCUGGUGUAGCAACCCACUCAUUUAUCGGAGCGUCAUUGUUGAAACCGUUCAUCGAGAAAGAAAUCACAAGUAUAACAAAGGGCAAUGACAUCACGGCAUCUUCCGCAGAAUACAACGGCAGUAAUGCGGUAAAACGGUCCAAAGAAUUGAAACCCGAAGAAACCGAAAUAAAAAACGGAACUGUUAAUUGCCGUUUGUUGAACGAAGAUACAGAAAAACGGACAGAAGAAUGCGAUGAACAUUCGUUGGAAAGCUGCCAUGACGAAAGUAAGAAAGAAGAGAAGAAGUCGGUACUGUCGAAAAUAUCGAAACAUUUGGAUCUGGAGCUUUUGAGGGAUAGCCGUUAUGUUGCUGUAAUUUUAGGCAUGGGAGUGUCCAUGGUUGCGGAAACCAACUUCAACGCCAUGAUCCCAUUUGUCCUUAUGGAACUUUCUGGACUCGACAGAAACUCAGUCGCGACCAUAAUGUCGAUCCAAGCCAUAUCCGACAUCACUGGACGACUUUGCGUCCCACUGUUGGCGCAGAAAAUUGGCUGGACAUCCAGAAAUCUUUACGUAUUGUCAUUAAUAGGAUCCACCCUUGGAAGGACCAUAUUGUCAACAUGGGGGAAUACGUACAUCGUGGUAGUCGGCGUUGCACUAAUUAUUGGAGUUGCAAAAGGAACGAAAGCUGUUUUUCAAGCUUUAAUAAUUCCUGACUAUGUUCCUCUGGAAAGAUUGCCAGCUGCGUCCGGAAUGCAAAUGGUUUGCAACGGUAUUCUGUCUAUUAUCAUAGGUCCAAUCAUAGGUUUAGUGCAUGACUGGAUGAUGAGUUAUGUCGGUGCUCUUCAUUUCACUUCGGUUUUAAGUCUUUCCUGCGUUAUCUUAUGGUACAUGGGAGGACUUUGGAGGUUUAAUAAAAGCACCGCGAGUCUUGAGAGAAAGAAUGAAGCGGCAGAAAUACAAGAAGAAGUAAAUGUUUAAUUUGUAAAUAGUUAUGUAAUUUGACUGAAUAUAAAUAUUGGUGUGGCUGGGUAAAGUCCUAGUUGGAACUGGUUCUCCAAAAUGCACAUUGCAUCUCUUCAGCAAAAAUUAUUGGAAUAAAUAGAAAUAAAGCUUCCCUCAUAAAAUGUUAUCUUAAUAAAAAUAAAGAUUUCUAUAACGUACUUAUUAAAUCGUGACAAAAUUAAUUUUAUUUAUGACAAUUUAUUUAAUUGACAUUUAUUCAAUUUAUGACAAAAUUAAACAGUAAACACUUAAUAUUUUAAAUGAAAGUAGGAGACCUGGCCCUUUCUAGACCAACCCAGUCGUGCCAAUUUAUGUAAAUAAAUUUUCAUCUAAUAUUAUAAUAUCUUCAACAAAGUAUGAAAUUAUAUAUUUGAAAACAAAUUAAUUGACGUCUUCCUACAGAAAU